CAGCAUUAUUACAGAUCACCAGCUGAACCCCCAAUCGCCUCAUUCAGUCUGCCAAUAGCAAAUUGCAGUCUGCGAUGGAGCAAGUGGUGACACACGUCGAUGAUUGCGAGCGCCUUCGCUCAAGAUGUGUCGAGUUGCUGAACGAUAAAACGAAGAUCGACGGCAAGAUGCAGGCCGUCCAGAAGAAAAUAAAGGCAAAGCGACGCGAAAAGAAUCAUCUCCAACAGAGCGCUUUUAUAAAGCAGUCGGACAUUGAUGCGACAAUCGAAGAAUACGCAAAGGCCGUCUGUCUCAGCUUCUGUGACAAGAUGUAUCAUACGCUUCCCAGCGAAUUACGCGAUAUGGUGUACGGUUAUAUCAAUACAGAGUCAAAUGUCUUCAUACCACAUUACCAUAAAGUAGGCUGGGAACCCCUAAUGAGUUACUUCGAUUCGAAAUCUGAAUCCGAAUUCCGGUUAUAUGACGCAUCUAGCGAUGUUCUUUUGGACCAUUGGUGGAAUCCUGAUUAUGUCAGCCCCUCCGUUCUCCGAGAGUUAGGUGAACACUAUUACCGAACUACGUGUUUUACGUUUGGUGCUCAUUUCGAUAUCGUUCCCAAGUUCCGAAUUACGGACCAGUGGGAACUUGGCUUUAUUCCAGUCACCUUCGUCGCCCAUGUGCGGUUCGAAAUCGAUUGUGGCCGAUACAGAUUCAAUGGUCUCAACAACACUCCCGAUAGCUGGGAUGGGUCUUGCAACAAACAGUUGCCUAUAGCGCUUCUAUCUGAACUAGAGUCAUUGUUCGGCUUCAAGCAAGGCACGAAGCUCGAAAUUCGACUCGAAGUGGGCGACAUGCGAACAGGCGGUGCUCUCGGAAGGCUAGAGUGGGUAUUAGAUGAAGUUGUAACCUUCAUCUUACAGACUGUACAACGACUCCAAGAUGCGGGGUACCAUGUUCGGGUACAUCUUGUUGAAAGUGGCGCGUGUGGCCCUCAAGAAUUUACCAUUGAAGGAAAUUCAAUUCUCUCACAGAUAUGGAGGAAAGACUUCGAAAUUUAUAAGCAGAAGGAAGCACACAAAAUCUUACAACAGGCGAUACAUUCAGAAGCUGCUGUGAGUUCUGAUGAUGACGAUGAAAAUUUCACGUCUGUUGUUGGAGAUGAGGACGAGGGGGAACACGAGGAUGAAGAAGCAAGUGGGGAUGGAGAAGGAGGGGAGGACGAGGAGUGAUGGCUCAUCACUGAUACCAAGCCGACAGUAUCAAGCACUGCUAACAGAAGGGAUGGUUACUUUUCGAUAUGAGGUGUGGGCUUGUAUCUAUCGCGCAUCAUCAGAAGUAGAGAUAGAAGGGCCGUGCACGGACACGCUUUCUCAUUGGCCAAUGACGCCAUCAGGGUCUGCCCCG